AUGUGGCCGCGCUGCCCCGAGCGCGCUCAGCGCGUCUGGUGGCUUCUCUGCGGAGCGAGCGGGUGAGGCCUCCGCGCCGGCGCCGCCGGCCAUGGCCGCCGCCUGGAAGGGCGCCCUCCUGCUGCUCCUGGCGGCGCGGGCGGCGUCCUGGGGCGGUGCCUCGGAGGACGAGGACGAGGACGUCCCGGCGGAGUGGGUCUUGCUGCACGUCGUCCCGGGCCAGGUGGGCGCUGGCAACUACAGCUACCUGCGUCUCAACCACGAGGGCAGGAUCGUGCUGGCGAUGCGCAGCGUGCGGGGCGACGCCGACCUUUACGUGUCCGACCGCACGCUGCACCCGAGCUUCGACGACUACGAGCUGCAGGCCGCCACCUGCGGUCGCGACGUAGUGGCGGUGCCCGCGCACUUCCAGCGCCCGGUGGGCAUCGGCGUGUACGGGCACCCGUCGCACCGCGACAGCGAGUUCGAGAUGAAGGUGUACCUGGACACCACGGCGCCUCUCGGCGACGGCGCCACCCCCGGCGGCGCGGGGGCCGGCGCCCCGCACGCGUACGACCCCGAGGGCGCGCCCCAGGAGGAGGAGUCCCUGCUCUGGACGGUUCUCAUCGGCCUUUUGAAACUGGUCCUUGAAAUCCUUUUCUGACGGUCGGAGCGCGCCUGGAUGCUGACCGUGGACCUGUGUGGGUGGCGGCCGUGCGCCGUGAACCGGCUCCUCGCACCUGGCGGGAAGCGCGCGCUUUUUCUAGUUGGGAUGGGAAACAAAGCCAUACAGUCGUUACCUCAGUGACCCCGGAGGAGGAGCAGCAGCAGCAGCCGGUUCGAGAUCCGUUUUCCUUCAAAGAUUAAAAUUCCUGUAAAAGGAGUCCGCACAAUAAAGUGUUCGAACUCCGUUCUGAUUAGCUUGUCAGGUGCCGAGAAAGGACGACUGCGGUGACUUAGGUUUGUAGGAAAGGAAUCAGAAUUGAGCACCCUCGCUGCAGGUGCACAGAUCGGACUGAAAGGUGGACGACGCUGUGUUACUCGUUAGCGAUGCUGAAGGCAGCGACCGCAAGCCUGGGGAGCGGUGCUGGUUCCGCACCCGCGGGACCGGACCUCGGCCCCGCGCACCCGUCCACGGGUUGGGGGGGGGGCCGCUCCCGGGCGCCUGUGCCCGCUGAGGACGGCUGUCAACCUGGCCGCUCCGCGUCGUCACGCGUAUUUUAUCACCUCGAGCUGCCUAGGAAGAGCCUUCCGUUACUAAAUUAGUGAUGGCCCCCGGGGUGGGCCAGAAACAAUCGAAAUUAGGAAAAUAAUGGGAUAAUUACUUCAAAUGAAGUUGUCUAAUAGAAGCCAAAGUACAGAGAAAUAAAAACCUUUUGGAAGAUGAACUAUUUU